AUGUCAGUCGCUGCUUCAGCGGAACCUACCAAGUCGUCUGCCGCUCCCACCAAAAAUGCCAUCACCUGGAGGAAUACCGCAAAGCCUACAAGUCUCAAUAGCGAAGAGGCUUCACUCCAUCAUGGAGAAUCUUCCAAAUCCUCUGGCCCUCGUAAAUCGAUCAAGGUCAAGAGCAAGUCCGCCGCCCCGUCUUCAGACGCCCGCCAACGGGAUGGAGAGGCCCGCGUCAACUAUUAUUGGGGAGUACGCCCAUAUCAAGGUCCGCCAAUAGGGGCUGACCGUUGGGGUCCGGAACUCUUGUUCUUGGGCUGCUGCACAGCUGCUACGGUCUACGUUGCAGCUGUCGUGUCAAACUGGGCGGUUCGUCGCACCUUCGCAGCCGCCACUGAGGUGGCGCAGAGCGCUUACGCGGAUCACUUGGUGAACACGCUGAGCGGGAUGGCGAGUGCGCUGGCAAGCGAGGCCAGUCAUUUGGGGUGUGAAGUAGCGAGUCAUGUGGCCGAGACGGCAAGCUACGUUGCUGGUAGCCUAGCCAAUGCGACCGGGCCCUUGUGGUACACAAGUGCUGGUGAUGUCACACUGGCAAAGCAGCAUGGCAAUACCGCAACAAUCUCAUGUUAG